UUUCACUUCACAUAAAUCAUUCCAAUUUUUUGAAGUUUUUUGGUAUUUUGAUUAAGAUGUUCAAAGAGAAAAUCAUGGUGGAAAUCAUAGUUGCUAUUGCUUUACUUUCUUUUCUUGCUUUCUCAAGUGCAUCUACAAGCAGCAUAAUAGGAGUAAAUUAUGGAAGGCUAGGUAACAAUUUACCAUCUCCAUAUGAAUCAAUAGAACUAUUGAAAAAUAUGAAAGUUGGUAUAGUAAAACUCUAUGAUGCAAAUCCAGAAAUACUUAGAUUAUUAUCAGGUACAAAUCUUCAUGUCUCAAUUAUGGUACCAAAUGAUCAAAUAUCAAUUGUGGCUUCAAAUCAAUCAUCUGCUAAUCGAUGGGUACGCGAAAAUGUUCUCUCCUAUUAUCCAGCCACGAUGAUUCGAUACAUUUUAGUAGGUAAUGAAGUCCUGAGUAACAAGGACGAUCAAACUGUAUGGUAUGAUCUUGUACCGGCCAUGACAAAUAUAAGGAAAUCGAUCGAUCAACAUAAGAUACACAACAUAAAAAUUGGUACCCCUUUGGCUAUGGACAUAAUCCAAACCUCAUUUCCACCUUCAAGUGGUGAAUUUAGGUUAGAUAUAUCAAGAAACAAUAUAUUGAUCCCAUUGUUGAGGUUCUUGAAUUGGACAAAAUCAUACUUCUUUAUUGAUGUCUACCCUUACUUCUCAUGGUCACAAAAUCCAUCUACAAUAAGUCUUGAUUUUGCAUUAUUUAAGGGUGUUCAAACUUAUACUGACCCUAUAAGUGGCUAUGUAUACACAAACCUCUUGGAUCAAAUGCUGGACUCAGUCGUAUUCGCCAUGCAAAAAUUAGGAUUUCAAAGAAUACGACUGGCAAUAGCAGAGACCGGAUGGCCUAAUGGAGGCGACUACGAUGAAAUUGGUGCUAAUAUAUACAAUGCAGCUACAUACAAUCGAAAUCUUGUACGUAGGAUCACAUCACAAAUGCCUAAUGGGACACCAGCACGACCAGAGUUAGAGAUACUUACGUUCAUUUUUUCUCUAUACAACGAAAAUCUAAAGGAGGGAUCGGGGACCGAGAGGCAUUGGGGCUUGCUAAACCCCAAUGGUAGUUCGAUUUACGAUAUCGACCUAACAGGACAAGCCCCAGAGGUUGAGUUUACUACAUUGCCACAACCAACAAACAAUGAGCCAUUUCAUGGGAGGUUAUGGUGUGUGACAAAAGAUAAUGUGAAUGAAGUGGAUUUAGGACAAGUUUUGGAGUUUGUAUGUAGGAGAAAUGGGACUUGUGAUGAAAUUUAUCCUGGAAAAUCAUGUUAUCAACCUGUAUCUAUUGUAUCACAUGCAAAUUAUGCAUUUAGUUCAUAUUGGGCUAAGUUUAGAGAAGAGGGUGAAAAGUGUUAUUUCAAUGGACUUGCUGACCAAACCACUAUUGAUCCAAGUCAUGAUGGGUCAUGCAAAUUCCCUUAUGUUUCUCUUUAAAAACACAAUAGUUAUAGCUUUGGAGAAUUAUAUCUCGAUUACAUCUAAGAAGUGGAAUAUUUAUUAUUAAUUAGGAGGUUUGAAAACUUGUAUUAUGUUAUUUUAUUUAUGAUUAGGUAGCUAUCAAUUUGUAUAUUUUUUUUUUUUUGGAUUAUGCAAUAUGGAAAUGAAUGAAUUAUUUAGUCUUUGCUACUUCGUUCUUCGAUUAAUGGAAAAAAUCAUCUUUUUUUAAUU